GGAGAGCUAAUAACACGGAGAGCAUAAAACCACCACAAUUGUGUCAUUUCUCUAAGGAUCUCUUCUUCCCACAUAUUUCUAACUCAUGCUUGUUUUUCAGGGUACAGCUAGCAACAUCUUAAGGACUAGAGCUGCUUCUCUGCCCAACUUUCUCUAGGCUGGAGGAUGGUUGGAUAAAACUACUGGUUACAGCUUGUGCCAGCUGUGAGAUUCCAGGAUUAUCCCUUGAGCAAGAUCCAGAAUAUGUACAAGGAAGAUUUCAGGAACAUGAUUGAAGAGAAUAGGAACAGCAGUGACUCCUCCUCUGCCUUCACUCACACCAACACCAUGACUGCCAUACUGAUUACUGCCUACUCAGUUGCCUUUGCUGGAGGUGGGAUUGGGACCACCACAAUGUUGUUUGUGCUGGUGAAGAUGAACACUCUGUCCGUGACCACUACAGCCAUUGUUAACCUGGUUGUUGUGCACAGCCUCCUCCUCUUCACGGUGCCCUUCCGCCUGCACUACUAUGUCAACAAGAAGUGGGUAUUCAAGAUGCCAUUUUGCAAAGUGGUGAGCGCAAUGGUGCACAUCCACAUGUACCUGACCUUCCUAUUCUACGUGAUCACGCUGGUGAUCCGGUGGCUCAUCUUCUUUCAAUGGAAGGACAAGGUGGAGUUUUACAGGAAGCUGCACGCCAUUGCGGCAAGCGCUGCUGUGUGGGUCGCCGUCAUGAUCUUUGUGGUGCCAGUCUUUUCCUUUGAAUAUGGACGCUUAGGCCUAUACAAUGAUACAACAUGCUUUAAGUUCCACAAAGAACUUAAGCAGGGGAGUGUGAAAGCCCUGAACUACACCACAAUUGCAGCUGUCAUCUGCAUUACUAGUGUCCUCUUGGGCAUCCAGAUUUUCAUCCUGGUAAAAGUGGUGAGAAAGCUUUCCACCUCCCUCUGGUCACACCAAGAGUUCUGGGCCCAGGUUAAAAACUUGAUUUUCAUCUGUGUCAUCAUAAUUUGCUUCCUUCCCUAUCACCUCUUUAGGGCCUACUACAUACAGCAUGUGGGUGAUCUGGAACAGUUGGAAAGCUACAAUGAAGUUUUUUUGAGUCUGACGGCCCUCAGUUGUCUGGACCUGCUGUCGUUCAUGCUGAGUGGAAGCCGAUUCUUCAAGCAAAAGGUGGGCAUACUCCGCAGCAAGUUGUCUUGCUGCUAGCAUCAACCUCCUGCAGUGUGCGCAGACCUGGAGCUGGCAGAGCAUGGUGCUGGACAGGCAUGGCAAGCCCCCUCCUCAGCAAGUCAGGGUGGGCCCUGGAAACAGUGCAACGCACUCGCACAGGGCUCUGCACACCUGCUCCCCAAAAUAAUGGUGCGAACUGCCUCCAGUGUCUCAGCUGGUAAACUGGAAGGUUACCUCUGGGAUUUCCUCAUAGUGCUACCUAGCGAGAGGCGGAUGCACCUGGAGGAGAGGGAGGAAAGGGGGUGGGCUCUUCUUUCUUACUGUUUUUACAUCAAGGUUUGUGAAAUCAAAGGCACUAGGAGGAGACUCAAGAGAAUGCGCAAAGUAUGUAGGAACACAAAACAAAAAGCCUUUUUUUUAUGGAAUAAGGUACAGAUUUUUUGAAAUUUAAAUGUCUAUAUAGUUUCCCACAUAUAUUACUUAUUUAUUCUCCACAAGCUCUCAUAACAUACUAGGGAAGCUAUUCUUUCUCCUGAGUAGGUCUGAUCCUUCACUGUACAAGUAUCGAACAACAAGUAUACUUUUCUAUAUUAAUUGAAGUAUUAAACCAACUCUUUAAAAACAAAACAGCAAUAAAUAUCUAUUUCUUAAAAGAUUUUAUCAAAAGCACCUUUGGAGAUGAUACCACUGCAGCAGAAAUGUGUUUUGUUCUCUUUCAAACAUUAUGAAAAUGUCUCCAACAACAAAAAUGACACAUUGUUACUGAAAUGAACAUUGAAAUUUCAAACAAAAGCCUGUAUUUUUAUUUACAGAAUUGUUCAAUUUUAAAAAAAAAUAAGUUAACAGUGAGGAUCAUUUUAUUUAGAUCUUUCAGACAGCAGUUGUCUUCUCUUAAAAAAUCAAAUAUUUUAGGUCUCCAAGGUAACAAUGAUUUUUUUCCUCCCAUGUUGAUUUUGUGCAGUUCUGAAGUUUGUAACUAAUUACUCACAGUAUCUUUAGCUUGAAAUAAAUUCUAUACAUUUAAUACUAGUAGAAGAAAUUAAAAUGUUACUGCUUGGUUUGGAGGGAUGGAAAAUCUAAUAAACCUGGUGUAGCUAAAAAGCUUAUCAUAUCUCAGUGAGGCAUCGCAAGUUGCUAUCUCUGAAAACAGAAUUGAAUUCCACUUGAAAAGAGGAAAAAAACCAGCAAAAUAAUUCUGUGAAAGAUAUUAAGAUUUUCAUAGCUUAGCUGCUUUACACCUAUCCCCCCAAAAAGAGUAUAAAUCCCUGAGUGCUAUAAUCCAAGACAACCAUGGCUGUUCUAUCUUUCUUCUUCUUGCCAUCUGCAUAAGGUCCAAUUUUUUCAUCUAAAGCCAGUGAAAUAAUUUUUUAAUCAUUUGACAAAUUAGAGGUUAUCAGCUGAUUAAUUUCCAGUGACAGUCUCUCCUCAUGGUGCUGUUGAAGUCCAUCUUUUCAUACUUCUGAAUCCUUCCAUUCCUUUCUACUUCACCUUCAACAUCUCUUGCUCAUCAGACAGCGAUCAAAUAACUAGUGGUUGAUCUUGAGGUACCUGUACAGUCUUACUGCUAUGCUCAUUGCAUUUGGUCCCACCAAAGAUGUUUACUUUAUAGGAUCCCAUCUCUUCUUUAGUCUUUCUUCCCUGUCUUUCUUCUUGCUUCAAGCUCCUCUAUAUCUCUUGGGAGGUCUGAUCAUGAGAGUAUUUUCAGGUCAGCAUCUGAGUAAUGCUAUAUAACACCAAAAGUUGGAAAGAAAGAAUUGUGAGAGCUUGCAGUGUCUGGGGAUCUGCAACAAAAACUGUCUGAGAAGGAAUUUGCCCCGAAAGGAUCAUGGUAAAGAGGAAGACAACUACCAGCCUGAUUCAGGAGUAGUCAGGGAACUACGGAGACUUUCAUAACAUGGGAAGAGCCAACCUGAAUGUGUAGUUCACUACCAGUUAAUUAUGUGCCAUUAAGAAAGCAAUAAACUGCUGUGAUCCAGAUUUGUUUUAAAACUACAGGAACAAAGCAGGUCUUCGUUGUGGCAGAAGAGAAGAUGGAAAAUGGCACAAUAUUUCUGUUUCCUCCUAUAGCAACAUUGUUGGUGGAAGAAAAUACCUUGCAUGUGUUCUGUAGGCACUGCAUACCUUUGUAACACUAUAUUAUAACCCUUCUGUCAUAAUAAAGUUAUUAACAAACAAAAUGACUGUGCUGAAAAAGAUAAGCAAGUCCUUCCUGCAAAUAUGCAUAUAAAUGAAAAGCAUUUUGUAUCUGAAUUUGGCAAGACUUUAAAAAAAUAAAACAUACAUUUACAAACAGUACCUCCCGA